AUGGGCAUAAAUUCAAACCGGGUGGAUCAUUAUUCGGGUUCGGGUCAUGCAAACCGAGGCCCCACGUCAACGGCUCCGGUAACGAUAACGGUUUCCGGCGAAACAAUGACGUCGUUGGAGUUGCACAACGUUUGUUUGCCACCUCAAAAGAGCACGCUACAAAAACUCCGGCAUCGCUUGUCGGAGAUUUUCUUCCCCGAUGAUCCGUUACAUGGGUUUAAGAACCAAUCGCGUCUAAAGAAAUUGGUAUUGGCUCUUCAAUUCUUCUUUCCGAUCUUCGAGUGGGCGCCUAAUUACAGUUUUACCCUUCUCCGUUCCGACGUCGUUUCUGGUCUCACCAUUGCCAGCCUUGCCAUCCCUCAAGGUAUUAGCUAUGCAAAACUUGCAAACUUGCCUCCAAUAAUAGGGCUAUACUCGAGCUUUGUGCCACCAUUGAUCUACUCUGUGCUCGGGAGUUCGAAACAUCUAGCCGUGGGGCCGGUGUCGAUAGCCUCACUGGUUAUGGGAACAAUGCUAAAUGAAGCGGUUCCAUACACUCAAAACCCUGGUCUCUACCUUAAGUUGGCUUUUACUGCAACGUUCUUUGCCGGCGUCUUUCAAGCAACUUUAGGACUCCUCAGGUUAGGGUUCGUGAUCGAUUUCUUAUCAAAGGCGACACUUGUUGGUUUCAUGGCGGGAGCCGCAGUUAUUGUUUCUUUACAACAACUAAAAGGGUUACUCGGGAUCGUCCAUUUCACUACCAAAAUGCAAAUAAUCCCCGUUUUGUCAUCCGCGAUUCGGCAAGAAAACGAGUGGUCUUGGCAAACCAUUGUGAUGGGCUUUUGCUUUUUGGCCUUUUUACUGACCACCAGGCAUAUUGGCAUGCGAAAACCGAAGCUCUUCUGGGUAUCGGCAGCGGCUCCAUUGGCAUCGGUCAUUCUCUCGACCCUUUUAGUCACUCUCUUCAGAUCAAAGCUUCACGGUGUCGCGACCAUUGGUCACUUGGACAAGGGUUUAAAUCCGCCAUCAUCGAACAUGCUCUAUUUUCACGGUGAAUUCCUCGGACUUGCUAUCAAGACGGGCAUCAUCACCGGAAUAUUAUCUCUCACGGAAGGGAUUGCAGUUGGAAGAACAUUUGCUGCUUUAAAUGAUUACCAAGUUGAUGGCAACAAAGAAAUGAUAGCCAUUGGCUUAAUGAACAUGGCUGGUUCUUGCUCCUCUUGCUACGUCACUACAGGCUCGUUUUCUCGAUCGGCUGUGAAUGCCAACGCGGGAGCAAAAACCGUGGUGUCGAACAUCAUAAUGGCGUCGACCGUGCUCAUAACGCUCUUGUUCUUGAUGCCUCUUUUUCACUACACUCCUAACCUUAUUCUGGCUGCAAUCAUCAUAACUGCGGUUAUCGGGCUAAUCGACUACCAAAGUACAGUUCGACUUUGGAAAGUUGACAAACUCGAUUUCGUGGCGUGUUUAUCUUCUUUCUUUGGUGUUCUCUUCAUUUCGGUCCCCAUUGGUCUUGCAAUUGCGGUUGGAGUUUCGGUUUUCAAGAUUCUUUUACAUGUGACGAGACCGAACACAAGCGUUUUAGGAAACAUUCCGGGCACUCAAAUCUAUCAAAAUGUCAAUAGAUAUAGAGAAGCUCGAAGGGUUCCUUCGUUUGUAAUACUUGGUAUCGAGGCCCCGAUCUACUUUGCCAAUUCUACUUAUCUACAAGAAAGGAUAUUGAGAUGGAUAAGAGAAGAGGAAGAGUGGUUAGCAGCCAACAAUGGCAGUUCUUUAAGAUGUGUUAUUAUCGACAUGACAUCCGUGACGGGCAUCGACACGAGUGGUCUCGCGAUGGUGAAAGAGCUUAAAAAGAUGCUUGAAAAACGCUCGCUUCAGUUGGUUUUGGCGAAUCCCGGAGGGAGUGUGAUGGAAAAGCUACACCAAUCGAACAUAUUGGAGACGUUCGGGUUGGAAGGCAUUUAUCUGAUGGUCGAUGAAGCCGUUGCCGAUAUAUCGUCAUCAUGGAAAGCUCAGCCAUGAAAUGCAAUGUAGAAUAAGAAGAUGAAGAGAAGUGUAGUUUGCAGGGUUAGGAAGGAAAGAAUCAGUUCAGUUCAGUUCAGUUGUUAUUGCUUAAUGCUCAAAGUGGUAUAAGCUGUUUUUUCUAUCA